UAUAUAUAUGAAAAUAACUUGGUCGUUUGGUUUCAGCACAAGCAGCUCAAUCUUGUUCUUCCGCACCAGUUUUCAUGGCUUCCUCAUUCGCAAUUUCGCACUUACUAUUCUUCAUCUUCCUAUUCCAUUCACCAUAUUUAACAUCCGCAGUACUCCACACAAGUAAUGCGACUGACAAGCUUGCAUUACUUGCUAUUAAAGCAGAAAUAACUCAUGACCCUCUUGAAUUUUUCACGUCAUGGAAUGAUUCAGUUCAUUUCUGUGGCUGGCCUGCUGUAACCUGUGGUCGUCUUCAUCAAAGAGUUACCAACCUCAAUUUAGCAAACCUUAGCUUAGUAGGUACUCUCUCACCGUAUAUAAGUAAUCUUACGUUCCUCAAAGGUAUCAAUCUUGAACUUAACACUUUCCACGGCAGAAUCCCAGCAGAAAUAGGUGGUUUAUUCAGGCUCAGGCACCUGAAUUUAACCAAUAACUCGUUUGCAGGGGAGAUCCCAGCUAAUGUCUCCGGCUGCUCUAGUCUUGUGUUGAUCAGGUUAGGAUGGAAUAGGUUAACCGGGAGCAUACCGUCUCAGCUUGGAACACUUCCAAAGCUUGAGAGGGUUCAUUUCCAUUACAACAACCUCUCUGGAUUAAUCCCAGAAAGUCUUGGCAAUCUUUCUUCAAUCAAGUCUUUUUCAUUUGCUGUCAACAAUUUCCAGGGU